GUCUCGUCAUGCUUCCAUUUAUGCGAAGCUCGAAGCGCAACUACUUCGACUGCGAACGUUUCUUCCCUUCCGUCGAGCUGACGAUUUGCUCCGGAAAUUCCAACUUCCGCCUCCUCCUCUCGCCGGACCACCGCCUGCGCGCCGCCGCCUCCGCCAUCUCCGGCCCGCCGAUGUCAUGUCUUGCGCGAGCGAUGGCGAUCUUCUCGAGCCUCUACGCGUGCCUCAAGAGGCACAAGCCGGCGGCCUGCGGCGGCGGCGGCGCCGGGAGGGCCGGGGAGGAGGAAGUUGAGGACGAGUCCUCCCCCAGCCUCUUCUUCGACCUCCGGACGCUCCAGGUCGCCACUGGCUUCUUCUCCGAGCUGAACCAGCUCGGUCACGGCGGUUUCGGUCCCGUUUUCAAGGGGUUGAUGCCCAAUGGCCAAGAAAUAGCUGUAAAGAAGCUGUCUCUCACUUCAAGACAGGGAAUGAGAGAAUUCACUAACGAGGUGAAACUAUUAUUGAAAAUUCAGCACAGAAACCUCGUCAUGCUGAUGGGCUGUUGUGUGGAAGGACCGGAAAAGAUGCUGGUUUAUGAGUAUCUGUCAAACAGGAGCCUUGACUGUUUCCUUUUUGCUAAAGAAAAGGCUGCGUCACUGGAUUGGAUAACUCGGUUCCGAAUAAUUACUGGGGUGGCAAGAGGUCUGCUAUACCUGCAUGAAGAAGCCCCUGAAAGGAUUAUCCAUAGAGACAUUAAGGCUAGUAACAUAUUGCUUGAUGAUCAGUUGAAUCCCAAAAUUUCAGAUUUUGGUUUGGCGAGGCUUUUUCCUGGUGAUGACACGCAUCUGAAUACAUUUAAGAUAUCCGGGACUUAUGGUUACAUGGCUCCUGAAUAUGCAAUGCGUGGAUAUUUGUCCGUGAAAACUGACGUUUUUAGCUACGGAGUUCUGGUGUUAGAGAUUGUAAGUGGGAGAAAGAAUCAUGACAGCCAACUCGGUGGAGAAAAAACGGACCUCCUGAGUUAUACAUGGAAGCUCUUUCAGCAAGGGAAGUCAUUGGAUCUAGUGGACUCAAGCCUCGCCAAAUACAACCCUGAUGAGGCAGCAAUGAGUAUUCAGCUUGGGUUGCUAUGCUGUCAAGCAAGUUAUGUGGAAAGGCCGGAUAUGAACUCGGUGCACCUCAUGCUUUCUAGUGAUUCAUUCACAUUGCCCAGACCAGGAAAACCUGGGCUUCAAGGGCGAACGGGACGUUGGACGACUACUACGACUUCCGCAUUCACCAACACUAAUGCGAGCAGUACCCAAACUGGAGCUACUAAAGUUUCUACUGGUAGCAGCCUUAUUGAGGAGUAUUCUAGAAAUUCAAUCUCCAUUUCCUCCAUUGAUGAAGGCAGAUGACCUCAGCUUGAUAGGCUAGAGCAUUGAUUGGCUUAUAAUAUCUCUGGGAAAUGCAUUGUUUUAUUGUUGUGGAAGCCGUUCAUUGACGAGGUUACGGGAGAGCAUGGUGCUUCGCGCGGUUUGCAGAGUUGCCGAAGAGAAUGUCCACAGUUCAAGUACACUCUGUAGACACAGAUUGAGUUCUAGGCCGGAGGGUGUCCUUCCAGUUCCGAUUUCUUGAAGUUCUGUCAGCAUCCGUUCAUGGUCUCUCAGUUCCACCCCAGACAAGCCAUGUUUCAUAGGAUACUUGAGGCAAUACUGUUGGAUAACGGAUGGUUCAAACUUAUUUCCGGUGUUCGCGGGUGCGCUUGAUUCCAGAGUGAAUGGACAUGGUCUGACCGGGAAAAUUAGCACUAACUUGCAUCUGAGGAAAAUUAGUGAUGCCCAUGGCCUCUUCUAACCGUUGGAUGAGCAUAGAAUUUUAAUAAAUUAUUGGGAAAAUGACACAAAAAGUCCUUGAAUGUUGGGUCAAUGUGGAAUAUGGUCUCUGAACUUUUAAUUUAAUCAA